UGCCAACACUGGCGGAUAACUAUGUUAAAAUGGAAUCUACAAAAAUGCUGCGCCGCUCGGACAAAUUGAAUAUUAUUGAUCACAGCACGUUCCAAAACAUACAAAAGGAUGUGGCACAAACAGCCCCAAGGCUGCCACGCAGCGCCAAGUACAAAAAUAAGCACAAGAAGCAGGAGCAGCAGUGCACGCUCUUCGAUUUUGUUGUCAAGUCGCGGCAGACACAAAAGCAGCAAAAGGCCAAGAAGCUAAAACGUCCACAUCUGACCAUCACGAAACCCUUGUAUGCGGCAAAGCGCAAAGGAAAAACUCGCCUUAAUCCCAAGAAGAAGGUUACCGGAUUGAAGAAGCUGAUAUGCAGCUAUCGCAGGCUGAAGAAGCUAAAGAUGUCCACGGUUCAGAGGCCCAACUGCGAGGAGGGGCUGACGUCAAAGCUGGACUGUCUGUCGCUGGCUGCAGCGGCGACUGCCACACAAGAGGAGCAGAAAGAGGAGCAGCUAGCAGAGAAAAUACACCCCAUACAUUCCCGACGCUUUAGAAGCUACUGCGACAACUGCACCCGGCCACAGCUCAAGCAGUUGACCAUUCAAUUGUUGAAGGAUUUGAAUCGCUUCCAGCAACGUGCCUAUGCCAAGAACGAGAUCAAGGCACGUGCACAUCCGCGCUUUGUGUUGGGCAUACGCGAAGCUUCAGCCCGGCUUCGCAUACAAAAGGUGAAGCUGCUGAUCCUCGCCACCGAUUGCGAGAUUUGCCCAGGCGAACGAGGCCUGGAUGAAACAAUUGAUGGCUUGAAGGACCUCUGCCAGCAGCAAACGGUGCCCUACUGCUUCCCGCUGGUGCGCCGCGAGCUGUCCUAUGCCCUGCAGAAGCGUGCACAAAUCUCUUGCGUGGCCAUUCUAGACUACGAUGGGGCCAAUGCCACAUUCAACGAUCUCCUCAUUGAGCUGGAAGAUGCCCGAGCAGAGUACAAACGUCUGACUGCCGUGUGAUGAUUUAUUAGGUGCGGAAAGCGAACAAAAGUGCGGGAGGAAGGUGCAAAAAAGACCAAACACAAAUCAGCUGCGAGUUCAA